AUGGUUUCAUCGUUUGACAAAACUGAACUUCUGGAGUGCAUCAAGAAGCUGGUGGAGGUCGACCAGGAGUGGGUUCCCUUCUCCCAGGACGCUAGCCUCUACAUCAGACCCACCUUCAUAGGAAUUGAGCCGUCCCUCGGCGUGUCUCGGGCAGGAGAAGCUAUGAUCUUCGUCAUCAUCGGCCCAGUGGGCCCGUACUUCGCUACGGGGUCAUUCAAUCCUGUGUCUUUGCUGGCGGACCCUUCAUUUGUCAGGGCUUGGCAAGGAGGCGUCGGGUCCUAUAAGAUGGGCGGUAACUACGGUCCUACAAUAGCUGUGCAGAACGAGGCGGUGAAGCGCGGCUGUCAGCAGGUCCUGUGGCUGUACGGAGAGCAGGAGGAGAUCACUGAGGUCGGCACCAUGAACCUCUUCAUCUACUGGAUCAAUGAUAACGGAGAGAGAGAGUUGUUCACUCCUUCUCUGGAUGGCAUCAUUCUCCCAGGAGUCACCAGACAGUCCCUGCUGGACCUGUCCAGAAGCUGGGGUGAGUUCAAGGUGACCGAGCGCACGAUGGGCAUGAAGGAGCUGCUGGAGGCUCUGGAGUCUGGGAGGAUCCUGGAGGUGUUCGGCGCGGGGACGGCCUGCGUCGUGUGUCCUGUCGGCAGCCUCCUCUACAAAGGAACGACUUACCAGAUCCCGACUAUGGAGAACGGGCCGGACCUGGCCAAGAGGUUCUACAAAGAGCUUACUGAUAUUCAGUAUGGACGCAAAUCAAGCGAAUGGGCCCCACUGGUCGUCUAAAUGGCCGUAUUGCACAUGCCAAUUGUAUCAACAGUCCCAUGAUUCCAGUCUGGACGACCAGCAGCCGCCCCCCCCCACUCUACUCUACUCUCAACCCACUAAUGCACUCCUGCAUACUUACCUGCCGAGGAGACGGACGCCUCUCUGACGCUCUUCGAAAGCAACUUUUACAUCUUUCUUCUCUGUGUGGACUCUCACAGGAGCUUUGGAAAGCAAUAUUAACAACAAUAUGCAAUGUUUUGAAUUGACUGACCCCGACCCUUAACCUCGAGGUAUGUAAGACAAAGUAGGACAAAUUGCUGUUCAAAUAUUAAAACUUAAAACUUAAAGAUGUGAGGUGGGCGGUGGUGAUGUAUAAUGUAUAUUAGACUAAACCACAUUCAAAACACUAAUGUAGUUGAGUAAAUCUGUACACAGAAAACACUCCAUUCAAGUAUUUGUCUCGCAUUCACCUGGAGUAGUUCCUUGUGAGGGGCUUACAGUUCAUAGCACAAACAUUCAUUAACAUAAACAUUGUAUUCUGGCAUUAACAAAAAAAAAGGCUGUGAGGCCAGUUUACCUCUCGGCAUUAGCAAUCUUCUACUAACAAUAACCCGUACGACUUACUACAACCUGUGUUCCCCCCCCCCCCCCCCCCCCGAAACCUUUUAACUGUUACGUGUGAGUAGAACCUGUAAACGCAUCAUAGCAUAAUGUUUUGUUACAGUCGUGUACAUAAUGAUCCGGGAGAGUAACGCUGGUAGUUUUCAUGGGGCCACGUCACUUUGACACCAGAGUUUGCACUGAGACCUUGUUAAAUGUCAGGUUUGGAUUUCAAACCUGGAGAGGUUUUUAUGUUUGUUGGUUUUGUUUGUGAAGACGACGACUGCACAAAAACAAAUCUUGAGAUUAAGAAGGUGUAAUAAGACGGCGUGCUGUAGAAGAAAGAGGACGGUUACUCCUGCACUAGUUUGUGUGUAAUCAUUAUGAAAACAUAGUGUUGUUGUUUUAGAGGGUUUUAAAUUAUAUUUUUCUUUGUCUUGAUGUGAAAUUAGGCUGCCUGUCUUCCAAAAUACUUGACUGUUUUCUGGCCUUUAUGUCCUUCCUCUCUAGUUUUCCUCACUUUGAAUGUAUUUUUGCUUUUACACACAUGCUAUCCCUCUCUUCUGUCUAAGUGCCUGACCUCAGUCUGGUGGAUCUUCAGCUGCUGUUUUUAUUCUUUCCAGUUUGUGCACUAGGGGAUGUAGCUGGAUUCUUUGUCGGUUUAGUUGUUUAAAAUGUGCUGUUACUUUUUAAUCGGCUGUAAUGUUUUUACAAUAAACUUGCUCCAAGUUCA